AUGGAGGUGUACCGCCGCAUCGCGGAGCGCGUGCGCGGCGCACUGUGGGCGCAUCACCGGCGCCUCAUGCCUGAGCGGCAGUUUCACCGCAUUCUCGCCUACGUGUACAACAACAAGUACGAGUAUCAGAUCCGAUUUGACCGCAUGUCUGUCGUAGGCCGGGCAUGGGCUGGCCGUGUCGAGGUGAUGACGACGCCCGGCGGUUUUCUCAAGCGAGUCCGCGUCAACCCCGCCGUGGAGGACCUGUCGCCGGCCCAGCAGCACAAGCUUGUGCUCGCGGCGUACGCCGAUGCCUGCCAGCAGGGCCGCGCGCUCAUGGAGCAGGCGGAGCUGAGGGUGUACAAGCAGUUCUUGAAGGAUCUGAAGCCGAUCAUCCUCGGCAUUCGCGAUAACCCGGAGUUUUACACGGUCCCGGAAGACGCAAUCGAGACGAUAGGCGGCGUGCUUCGUCGCGAACAGGCGUCGGUCGACGGCGGCGCCGUGCACCGCACCAUCCCGAUGGCCAAGGCUCACCAACCCGUCGAUGAGGUCCGCCGUCGCCACGCGUGGGAGGACCAGUGGCUUGCAAGCGAGCAGGGCCAGCGCUGGGCUCACAGCCUGCGCGGCAAGGAGUACUUCACGCGGCACGGUCCGCAGUACCGACCGCGCGGUGCCCCUGGUGCGAAGACGCGGACGCUUCCCUUUGAGCUGCUGGCCCCGUAUACGCCGAUGGAUGAGGGCCGCCUGCUCCGAAAGAACUGGGUGGCGUACAUGGAUAACAAGCACGUCGCCGAGUCGCUCUGGACGCGCGCGAAGGUUGCGGACCGCGAGCGGCAGCUGCGGCAGCUGCAGGAGCGGGGUCAGGCGUGGCAUCGCCCCAUCAACGAGGACGCUGUGCAGUGUUGGUAG